UUAGUUAAACAACACUGGCCAUCGCAAACCUUAUGGGAUACUGGCUCGACAGGAAAAUAGCUUAGGACGCCGAGCAGGUGUUCGACAAAAUGCGUCAUAGAGCAAGCGACGCCAGACGUCACCAAGUUUAUUCUCUUUGUUUCACGUCCAGCAGGGGGGCAUAGACCUGAGUUGAUUAUGGCGGAGAUAAACUCGAUGGAAGAGAAAGGCAUUUCGCCAACCAUCGCGACCUAUACUUCAGCGGUGAAUUGUCUCUGCUCGUCGGGGAGACUCGAGGACGCAGAGAAGGUGUUCGACGAAAUGACAAUGAACGGUGGUGGGUCCAUCUACAGCAGCGUACACUUGCUUUCUCUAAGAGUAUCACAGAAGAGGCCAAAAAGGCCAAACCAUUUGCGAAAAAGCUUCAAAGGUGGACUUGCUUUCUAAACACAUGGACUAGUCAAACAAAUGAGCCAUCGCCAGAGGCCCCUGCUUUUUAAUAAGCGCUGAUUGCCCUACACUGUUAUUACUUACCCCUCGCGAUGAACUGUGCUUUCCCACAACCUGUGAGUGAGGUGUCAUGCAUUGAAGAAAAGCCAACCUCCUUUUGUUGCAUGGAAUGAAAAGUGAAUUGGACAGGGAAAGAAAGUUCCUUGCUUUUUCAUGAGAGGAAGAAUUAGCUUCGAUGGUUCGAUAUAAUAUUCAUGGAUUGCAAGCCAUAGUUUCAGGAUAUAAGAAAUCUUGUAUCAGAAGAAAAAAUGGAGCAGCUGCAGCUACUUGAUGACUGGAAGCUAUCCAAUUCCACCAAAGAAACUCUUAAGAGUAGCUUAAAGCAAGAGAUUUUGGAGCUGCAACAGCAAUUGGAGGACCAGUUUUUUGUACGAAAUGCACUUGAGAAGGCUGCAGUGGGUUACUGGAAGAGUCUUCCCAAUCGUCAUCAUCAUUUGACCCAUAAUGAUGUGUUUAUCCCUUCGUCUGCCAAGGAACUGAUCAAGGAAAUAUCAGCACUGGAGCUUGAAGUUGUGUACUUAGAGAGAUAUCUUGUGUCUCUUUAUAAACAAAAGUACGGUUAUUACGACAAGGCAGAAUCCCCUGAAGCUAUGAAAGUGAAACGAGUUAGCCAAACCAGAAACAAUGUGGAGGCUGGAACAAAGGAAUUACCCCAAGCUGAGAAUUUGUUGCAGUGCUCAAGUAGCAGCAGCAGUAUCAGAAGAUGUUACUCGUGGCUAUCUCAUCGUUUCAAUUCUGCUGCAGCUAUUUCUAGAGCCCUUGAUUCCCAUCAUUCCCUUCCCUUGUCCUUGUUCGAGGAUGCAAGUCUUAAUGGUGGUGGCUGUGGCAAUGGUAUGGAGAUCAGGCCAAAUUGGGUUUCUGAGGAGAUGGUUAAGUGCAUCUCCAGUAUAUACUGUGAACUUGCACAGCCAAGCUCAAGACUUGGAGUUGAAGGCUCAUCAUAUUCAUACCAAUUGAGAGAGGUUGGAUGGAUGAGUAUAGAUGUCCACAAGCUACAACAAGUACAGCAUAAGAUUCAGCGCUUCAGGUCACUUGUGUCAAAUCUGGAAAGAGUGGAAGCUGGAGAGAUGAAACAUGGCGAAAAGCUGGCAUUUUGGAUCAAUGUUCACAAUUCACUAGUUAUGCAUGCAUAUUUGGAGUAUGGCAUUCCAAGGAACCACAUUAGAAGAAUGUCUUUAGUGCUCAAGGCUGCCUACAAUGUUGGUGGUCGCGCUGUCAGUGUAGAUAUGAUCCAGACCUCUAUCCUCGGAUGCCACUUACCUCGUCCUGCACAGCAGUGGCUUGGAGUGCUCCUUUAUCCGAGGAGGAAACUGAAGACUGGAGAUUCCAAGAGAUCAUAUUCCAUCACUACCCCGGAACCUCGUCUCUAUUUCGCACUUUGUACAGGCAAUCAUUCUGAUCCACCGCUCCGAGUGUACGGUCCAGAAACAGUUUUCGAGGACUUGGAAGCCGCAAAGCAAGACUACAUCCAGGCAUCAUUAAAUCUACACAGGCAAAAGAACAACAAAGUGAUGCUCCCAAAGAUUGUGGAUUGUUUUGCCAAGGAUUCUCAGCUCUGUCCAGCUGCUCUUGUCGAAACGGAGCUGGACCAUCUUCUGCCUGCAUCUGUCACGAACAGCAUUCGACGCAGAAUGCAUAAUAACAAACCAAUCUGCUGGGUUCCUCAUAGCUUCGAUUUCCGGUACUUGAUUUCGAGAGAAUCCAUGGAAGAUAUUAUCCAACCAAACUCCUUUCCAGGUUCAUGCUCUAUCCAGAAUUCCUAGUCAGUCUUGGUGUAUCUUUGGCUAAGGACGAAGCGUGGGGCGAAAGUCAGGGACUUGGUGUCCCGUAGUUGUAGGGCAAUGGGAGCAGGGGACCAGACAUGAACAAUUGUCCGACAUUGUUUUUAUUAAUUCAUUGAGACAUUGACCCUUCAGUUUGUAUUCUUAACUGAUGGAUGACCUCUAUCAUUAUAUAAUUAAUUAACUACAUAAAUAUAAUAUAACCCAUGCUCCCUCUAUUGUUAA